AUGCCACCCUACCUCUCCCCGCUGCGUAUAGUCCAGCCGUCAUUACCUGCACACUGCGAACCCGCCAACGAAUUCCUAUACCGAUUUUCCGCAACCUUCCACACCUGCAUACCUACGAACCUCGCAUUAUUCUCCACAUGUCUCGGAACGCUGAGCAUCGUCUCUUGGUUAUUCGCACAACUACCACAGAUAUAUAAGAACCAUCAGCUGAAGUCGACUUCCGGACUUAGCAUACUGUUCCUUGCAGAGUGGUUACUGGGUGAUCUGUCGAACCUCUUCGGUUCUCUCUUCACAAGGCAAGCGCUGUGGCAGGUUAUCAUUGCAGGCUACUAUGUCUCAGUAGAUUGCGCGUUGGUCGGACAAUGGAUAUGGUAUGAGCUUUUGAAGCACGGAAGGCCUCUGCGGCCAGCUUGGAGCCGCAGCAUCCCAGAACGCUCAAAUCCCAUGGAUGUCUUUCGGAUACCGAACUUUGCCCGCUCUCCUAGCUCGAACAAGGAAUUUUCUAGUAUGCGAAGCACGCCAACGCCCGGUACGACACCCAAUAGGACUAUUUAUCGAGUUCAAGGGUCUAAUUCACCAAUGCCAUCACCAAAGACGGUCUUGUAUGUCUGUCUUCUGAUUGGCGUGCUCUCCAAUACAGGCACUGCAAAGCCUGUCAGCCCCUUCGCCCCAGCCAUCUACAACCUCGAUUCCAUUGCAGCUCGUGCCUCACAUACCCAAACUCCGCCGUCUGCCACUGAACAAGCCGGCAAAAUAAUAUCCUGGUUCAGCACUUUCCUCUACCUAGGCUCACGCCUGCCUCAACUCUACAAGAACCACGUCCGGAAGUCCACUGCCGGUCUAAGUCCAACUCUCUUCGCGGCAGCCUUCUGUGGAAACUUCUUCUACUCUAGCUCUCUCCUCACCAAUCCAUGUGCCUGGAAUGAUUACGCUCCCGGCCAAGGCGCUGGUUGGGUCGGUCCAGAAGGCAGUGCAAAAUCCGACUGGAUCCUCCGCGCCACCCCUUUCUUCCUCGGCGCCGCCGGAGUCCUCCUCAUGGAUUUUGCCGUCGGUCUCCAAUUCUGGUACUUUGGCGACGGCGGCGAGCGAGGGCGACCGAAACCACGUGAAGAUGAAAUCGUUGUCGUUGUUAACGAUGAAGGGGUCCGGAGAAAGCGGCGCUGGCGGUGGCAUCGCGUGAGCGGCUGGAUGCGAGGAUGGGUUCCUAGCGUCAGUGUUGCUGGCACGCCUGCUGUGAGUCGCACAGGGACUCCGGUGCAGACGCCGAGAGGCGUGAGUCCAGCUCCUAGUGCGGAAAGUGGGAGGGGAGGAGCGCUGGAUGAGGCGAGGGCGCUCUUGGGGACGCAGAGGACAGCUAGUCCGAGGGGGUAUGGGGGGCUUUCGUGA